AUGGCUGCAGCAAAAUCUGUUGAAAAACUUGAGAAGGAGCUGUGUUGUGCGGUCUGUAUGCAGGUCCUUACCAGCCCAAGGCAUCUCUCUUCAUGUGAUCAUACAUUCUGCGAGAAGUGCUUGGAAAUGGUCAUUUCUUCAGAAGGAGAAGCAAACUCGCGCUUGAAAUGUCCGAUGUGCCGGAAAACAUCGACUCUACCGGGAAAAGGUGUGUCAGGUCUCAAGUCUGACCCGCUCACAUGUGGAAUCCUUGAAGUCCUGAAGACCAAACUGGACUCGAGUAAAAAAGGAUGUGAUAGCUGUGGGGAUACUGAAACUCCACUGAUAACCUACUGUAGAGAUUGCUUUGAAUUUAUCUGCCAAUCGUGUACCGAGUCCCACGAAAGGAUGAAGCUCAAGUAUACGAACCAUCGCACUGUCCUGCUCUCGGACAUCAACAACGGGAAGGUGAAGGUUAGCCCUUUGGAGGAUUCUGAAAAGAGGAACCCAUCCAAGUGUGCAGAACACUGGGAGUUGAUGAGCUACUACUGCAAAACCUGCAAACUUCGCAUAUGCAGAGACUGCGUUGUUCUAGAACACAAUGGGCACGACUGUACAACGUUGCGGCACAUUUUCAAUGAAAUGCAAAAAGAGAUAGGACGUCUUCGGGAUAGGUGUCAGCAGCAGAAGGAGGAGAUGGAAUGGAGCAUGAAUAAGGUCGAGAAGAAAGAGCGAGCCGGUGCAGCCAAAACAUUCCAAGAGAUGCGAGAAAGCACUGCUGCUGCCACGCUUGCAGCCAUGUCGUAUCUAAAAGAGGCAGAAGAACAGCUUCUCGCAAAAGUAGGCAAGCUCGAGAGGGCAUUCAAAAGAAAUGUAAAGCUCAGCAGAGACCACGUUUCAGGGAUUACAGACAAUAUCGAGCGUGUGGUAUCACAAGCAGACAGUAUCUUAGUAACAAAUGAAGCACCUGAGUUUAGUGCUCUACCCGAUGACCUCAUCAAGAAAAUGGAGGAACUUUUAGCAAAGGAAUCCAAAGUGGCGGCUGUAGAUGACAUCUUAGCUCUGAAAGGUACGUCAAUACAAAGCCAUCAUCUUUCACUGACAAUGUCCUCCUAUGCUGAUGUUGUGUUAUCUGGAGUUUGGCAAGUAAAGUCCACUCUUAAACUUGACUCCAAGUCUUCUGCCUCCCGCGUUUUCUGUAACAACAGUCAUGUCAUCUUGCAAACCAGAGGAAACGUGUACAAAAGACCUCUUGAUGGCCAGGGAUCUGGAUGGAAUGACAAACUUCUUAGUGUCCAGAACAACCAGUCUGUCGCAGAAGUGGCAGUUUCGUUUCAAGACCAGGUGAUGUAUAUAUCAUUUCGAGACAAUCUCGAAUUGGGAAUACGUAUGGUACAGCUGUCUGAAAUCAACGGCAGAAAUGGUAACUACUCUUCUUUCGAGAAUAUGAAGUCAGUAACUCCAUCUUCUUGGUCCACUGACACAGAAAUGAUGACGACGGAUUGCAAAGGACGGAUUAUCUAUGUAGGUAACCAGAUGGGACAGACACCACCAUUCUCGACACUUUCCAAAUCACCACCUGAUAAGAUCCAGAGAACAGCCAAUUCAGCAGGUGCAACUUUCACCGGAUAUCAAGCGUCAGCUGUCCCUGUCCAGACGUCCUAUAUGUCGACCUGUUUAACUGGAAGUCCGACACUGACCAUGGGCAUUCCAGGAUCAGGCUUGUCGUCACCUGAUGUGCGAAAGAAAGUUCUAGGAACCGGAAGGAAAACGUCAACGUCGAUAACGACAACAGAACAGAAGACACAUUUCGCCGGAAAAAACGCCUUUUCAUUCCAAUCCGCAACAGUAUACCGACAUCGACCCAAUAAACAUGAGUUUCAGAGAUCAUAUCAUGAUCCACAAAGUGAUAGCUUCGAAGUUCCUUUCGGGGUUGCAAGCGUUGCUGCGGCGAAGACUGGUCAGCUGGCGUUUCUUCGAGAGGACAAGAAAGGCGUCAUCAUCACUGAUGAAGACGGUAGAAUCCAGCAUGAAAUCAAGGAACCUGGCAGGAUGUACUUGUCCAUCUCCUGCACAGAGAGUGACGCCCUCUACGUUCUAUCCUCCUCCUGUGGAAGUCGCACCUUCACGCUCACCAAGCAUUCUUUGGAUGAUGGUGGUCUCCUCGAGUACGUCAUCGAUCAGCUCGACGCGUCCGAUGGCGUUACAGUUGAUGAAAGGCAGAUCAUGAGCAAUUACGGCAAUGACCGAGUUAUCGUGAUUGUCGGAAAGGAAAUUCGGAUCUAUUCGAGAAAGGAGUGGAGAGUUAUUGAUGAUUAUGAUAAUUACCUGUCUGAUGACAGCGACCUGUAGGAUUUACAAUUGAAUACACAAUAUGGCCUCAAGAAGUGCUGAUGAAAUCAUUUGAGCAAAGUAAACUGUGUGAACUUGACCAAAGCAAUUGACCACUAUAAAAGAUGUUUUUAUAGCACAUUUGAUUGUAAGAACCAGUUCGCAGAAACAAUCUACGUAUGAGCAGAAUAAAGAUUAUUUGUACCAAAAUUGUAAACACCAACUACUGGAUACGUGCUCAUGAAGGUUAUAAAAUCAUUAUGUAUUUAUGCACUGACGGUACGUUAUAUGUAUUCAAGAGGGAGCAAACAAAAGCUGGUCAUGAAGAACCUCCAUCACUUUGACAGUGAUUGUUAUAAAAUGCUCAAAGGGAAAUCUCAAUGUUUAAAAAGUCUGUAGAUAUUUGGUGUCGAAUUUGUACUAGGUGCUGAAUACGAAAUGAUAAUAUUAAAUUAUAUUAUAGAAAAAUGUAUUAACAAAUCUAUGAACAUGCAUUUUUAACAUUUUGUUAAACCACAAUUACUAUAUAGAUAUCAAAUAAUAAAUCAAACAUAUCCAAAAUGUCAAAUAUCUUGUUAAAAUACAUAAUUCCAAAUGUUUAUACAAUUAUACCGUGAACAUCUGUAUAACACAUAAAUAUUGCAUCGAAAUAUUUCGAGGCAGAUUAGAUGUGAUUAGAAAUGAAAAGAUUGAAUUAUUGUGGACUAGCUAUAUUGUUUCCCAACUGGAAAGACAAAAAGUUUAAA